AUGAGGACGAGCCGCUGCAGUCACCUGCCGGGAAUCCCACCGGAGCGCCCACGCCCACUGGCACCCGACGGCAAGACCCUGCCCGGCGGCAUCGGUGGCGGCCCAGCCGGCAGCUGCCCACAGUAUGUCAUGCAGGUGUCAGCCAAAGAUGGGCAGCUGCUCUCCUCCGUCGUGCGGACGCUCGCCACGCAGAGCAGCCCCUUCAAUGACCGGCCGAUGUGCAGGAUCUGCCAUGAGGGCAGCAGUCAGGAAGACCUGCUUUCCCCCUGCGAAUGCACGGGGACCCUGGGGACUAUUCACCGCAGCUGCCUGGAACACUGGCUGUCGUCUUCAAACACCAGCUACUGUGAACUCUGUCACUUCAGGUUUGCAGUGGAGCGCAAACCCAGGCCGUUGGUGGAGUGGCUGAAGAACCCAGGCCCCCAGCACGAGAAACGGACUCUUUUUGGAGACAUGGUGUGCUUCUUAUUUAUCACUCCGCUGGCAACCAUCUCUGGCUGGUUGUGUCUACGAGGAGCAGUGGACCAUCUGCACUUUAGUAGUAGGCUAGAAGCUGUUGGCCUCAUUGCACUCACUGUCGCACUCUUCACUAUUUACCUCUUUUGGACCCUAGUAUCCUUUAGGUAUCACUGUAGAUUAUACAACGAAUGGCGUCGGACCAAUCAGCGGGUGAUACUCCUAAUCCCAAAGUCUGCCAACGCCCCCUCCAACCAGCAGUCCCUGCUGGGCCUGCAGUCCCUCAAAAGGAACUCAAAGGAGACAAUCGUUUGA